AUGAGUUCACAGAUGUUAAUAUCUUCUAAUUUUCUAUCAAUUGAUCCGACUUUAAAUCAGACAAAAUAUCUGAAUAUUGACUGUGAUUUUACGCACAUCGGAGGCGGUGGUUGUCCACUACGAGAGUCAUAUUGCAGUUAUCAUAUCUGUGUUUGCAAACCUGACUUUCCCAUUAACAUCAAUGACAUCAAAUGUAUAGAUAAGUAUAAAAAUGUUGGAGACAUCUGUUUUAUAGACGCCGAGUGUGAGAACAACUCUGUUUGUGUGAAAACUGUCGACAAUUACAAUCUUAAGCGUUGUGUAUGUCGUCCGGGAUUUUCUUUUUCCUUUCUAAACAAUUCAUGUAUUAGAGGACACAUUAACUCUUUGUGUUCUUUCAAUAAUGACUGUACGGGUGGACACACAGUAUGUUUACAAUCCAAGUGUCAAUGCAAUUAUGGUUAUGAAUACUAUUCGACUGAUGAGCAAUGUUACCGACGAGCAAAACACGGCGAGUCAUGCAAAUCGACGGCCAAUUGUCGCGUUUACGACAAACUCAGUGAUUGCGAAAAAGUUAAGAAAGUGUGUGUUUGUCGACAAUCAUUGGACUCUCACAUCAAUGCCUUCGACCAAUUGACCCAAAAAUGUAAGGUUUGUCCUCCAGAAAGAUUCAAUAGUACUGCCAAAGUAUGCGUUCCUGAGUUGUUUGAGAAGGAGUACCACACGGGCGACAAUCGGGUACUCAACCGAAACUCACUUCAAUACGUCUAUAUAUUACUUAGUGUCUCACCAUUUGUUGUUUUUGCUAUAAUUGGCUUUUUAUAUAAAUUUAUUAAUCCUCGGAGUCCACCAAUUAAUAGCAUAGAUAACAAUAAUCGGGAAAACGGUAUUAGAAAUGUUUAUUCAGAUGACGCGGUUGAAUGUCAUAUGAAUACCAAUAGUCGUAUUGACACAAAUCCAAGUGUUGGGAGUAAUGAAGUGCCGCAUCCUAUUGUAUGUCAACCGAUAUCUCCAUUAUUGUUAUUAUUGCCUCCUCGAGACCCUCCACCCACUUACGAGGCCUCCCAACAAAUGCCGCCCUCUUAUGAAGAAGCUAUUGCUUCUCAACCAACUAUAACUAUCAAUACUAUCAAUACUUAA